AUGCCCAACGGCAUUAGCAAGCGCCAGCAGCUACGGAAUGAAAAGACCCUGGCGGAGCUGAUCCGGACCGUUCCUGGAAAUGACCGUUGUGCCGAUUGCGAUGCCUUGACCCCAGGAUGGGCAAGCUGGAAUAUGGGUAUCUUCCUUUGCAUGCGUUGCGCUGCACUGCACCGAAAGCUGGGAACACAUAUCUCCAAGGUCAAAUCCUUGUCUAUGGACACCUGGACAGCGGAGCAGGUCGAUAACAUGAAAUCGCACGGAAACCUCCUUAUGAACAAGAUCUUCAAUCCGCGGGGUAUCAAACCACCAGUGCCUACUGAUAUUGAUGAGUCCGAUGCGUGUAUGGAACGCUUUAUCCGGCAGAAGUAUCAACACCGCUCGUUAGAACAUGGGAAGCCAAAGCCCCCGAGCCGGGAGGAUUCGAGCUACUCCAAGCAUAGGGCCGUGUCUCCCGUGGAAUCAAGAAGGAAUGACUAUGACAGAUCGCCUGAAGGGUCUCCUCCCCCACUUCCGCCAAAGAACGGCAAGUUCUUCAAGUUUGGUCUGAGGUCCUCAGCCUCUGCCUCGAACCUCCGUCGAUUUGGUGGCAAGGGCAGGGUAGGUUCGCCGACCUCUGACGAUGGAGCCUGGUCACCACCACCAAUGCCUAGCAGAAGGACAACGGGACUUGGUGCGCCCGUUGCCGAUAUGACAACGGCAUCUUUCGAAUCAAAAAUGGCAGCAUUGCAGGAAAUGGGAUUCACCAAUGACCGCCGAAACGAAAUGGUUCUCAAGGGACUCAAUGAGGAUUUGGAUCGAGCAGUCGAAACAUUGUCCAGAUUGGGAGAGGGAGGUAACUCUGCAUCAAGAGCCAGGACCCCGGCCGGCACAACCACAGGUGCAUCCGUACGCGUGGUUACGCCGAGACCUGGAACGUCCAGAAAUCCUUUCCCCGUGACCACCGACAACACGUUUCCCGAUGUCCCCAAUAACCCGUUUGAUCGGGCAGUCUCAAAUCCUGUACCUCAGCAGGGCCAGGCCGCGUACAAUCCAUUUGAUCAGCCAAAGCCAACUCCAGCUGUACAGCCUUUGGAAUCAUCCUUUCAGAACCUGCAGGUUUCUCAACCACUGUUCCCGCACUCUACUGGUGGAUAUCCCAACCAGACACGCUCUCUGCAACACUCUCCCUAUCAGCAGUCCUUUACUCCUCCGGUAACAUCAACAUUCUCACAGCCUCCGUAUGUCACAUCGCCUCAGCCAAUGGAUAACGGCUAUAAUCCAUUCAACAUGGCAGCACCGCAGCACCAGAGCGGCUUGGCCAAUAGUCAGACAUAUCCCAACCCCAGUAUGGCGCAGACGAACCCUUUCUUCACCACUACGGCGCAAAACCAACCUAUGCAGCAGCAGCAGCAGCAAAUUGCUCCGCCCAUGCCGGUCAUGUCUUCCACCCCAUCAUUCAGUACAUCUCUAUUUGGACCCACUCCUUCUGUCCAAGGGCAGCAGCCGCAACAACAGCAGCAGCAGCAGCUGUCAAAUGGCUUGAGCUCCUACAACCCGUACCAGCAAGGACAGACAGCAAACGCUCCUCAGAGCGCAAGCGGUUAUCCCAGCCAAUUCCAGUCCCACUUGCAGCCACAGCAGCCGCAGCCACUCAUGACCCAACCCACAGGAAUGGAUAAAAACAGCCUUCUUUCAUUGUAUAAUAUGGGUUCUGCACAGUCCAAUAUCCCGUCCAUGCCUGGGCAAGCCCAACAACCCCAGCAAACCCAACAACCUUGGCAAUCCCAACCCCAACCCCAAGCCUCUGCGACGAACCCUUACUCUCCACCAUCAAAUCCAUAUACUUCCAUGCCCCAGACCCAGCAGGCCACAAACCUCCAGCAUCAGACCCAGCCUCAGCAGCCUCAGCAGCCUUUCCAACACCAGCAAACCGCUGUCAAUGGCCAACCCACAUCCAACAAUCCAUUCUUUGGUACCAAUCCCCCAGGAAAUUCUACAGCCCCUGUAGGCAAUGGCUCUGGCCUUGCCGCCCAAGCAGGCAUCAACCCAUACCAACAGCAAUCCUCCGGACUAGGCAUUGGCGGCAUGAACGGCCAACCCGGAGCCGGAACCGCCCCAACUAUGGCGUUAAACAACUCCCCAUUCUCGGGCAUGAGCAGUCCUCCAUUCGCCGGAGCAAACAGCUCUCCGUUCGGCGGGGGCAACUCCCCAUUCUCCGGCCCACCACCUACAAACUCAAACUUUGCACGGCCACACAUGAGCCAGCCGAGCAUGGAUGUGAGUGGGCUGCAGAAUGGUCGUCACAGCCCCGAUGCAUUCGCUAGCCUGAGCGCUCGCUACGGUUAA